AGCCUACUUCCAAAAACGUGAUGUUGAGGACACUUAUAUCGUUGUGCAUCUCGUACUAGAAAAUAUUUCAAUAGAGAUCAUGCAGCGGCAAACCAAAGACUAAUUGACGACUACUUGGCCAAUGAGCCUACAUACGACGAUUCAAUGUUUCGUCGUCGGUACCGGAUGCAAAAACACGUUUUCCUUCGAAUUGUUGGAGACCAACAUCAAGCGGGCGCGUCGUGGAGCGGCCAAAAUCAAGGGGUGCGUCACAACGCUACCAAUCCACACGUUUGUGGAUAGCGGGUAUCGCGGACGAGUUUCUGCGACGCGGAGCAGAUCAAUAGCGGGUCAAAUCGCCCGCUUUCAUGGGUCGAAGAGAAAAUACGAAACUGCCCCUCACUUAAGAACCGUUUGGAGGGACAUUUUCGUCAUGAAAUAGCUCCCGCGCCGCGUCAAUGAAAUUAUGCAGAUUUUGCGCCCUAAAUUCAGGCAAUCCCGAUCCCAAUUAAUUGGGCCCAAACCCAAACCGCAGAGAAUCCAUCAUCAAUAUUCCACCGUAUAUACUGACUAUGUUUUUUUGAAGCAUUCAAAGUGUCAUAUUUACCUUCUUCUUUUUCCCUUAACUAACUUGCCAUCAUGAACCCAACCUGAGUAUUAACAACCAACUGAUUCUAUCUUUCUCACACAGUGGGAAUGAUUAAUUUGAUAAAGGAUUUAUUACGUUCUAUCUAUUUCCUCUGCUCGAUUCAAUUCUUGAGAAUGGCGUUGCUUUGGACCUUUUCUGUUGCAUUUUCUCAUUACCAAUUGUUUAAGGAUUCGCUCUUUUCUCACAAAAUCGUAUCCUACCCAAGGUCUUCACCUUCCACUUUUCCUAAUAAGCCCAUUUGCGUCAUCACCGGUGCAACAUCAGGCUUGGGAUUAUCUACUGCAUGUAAACUUUCUAAGGAAGGAUAUGUUGUUGUUAUUGUGGGAAGAUCAGAGCAGUUGUUGUCAGAGACCAUAAAAAAGAUUAAAGGUUGGAAUGAGGAUGCCCACCUCAAAGCUUUUCAGGCUGAUAUUUCGUCGGCUGAGUCAAUUAUAAAGUUCGGUACUUCCCUGCGGCAAUGGCUUUUGGAUUCCGAUUUGCACUGCUCGGUACAAAUACUAAUAAACAAUGCUGGAAUACUUGCAACAUCUCCUAGAGUCACAACUGAGGGCUACGAUAAGAUGAUCGCCACAAAUUAUAUCGGCCCAUUUGUUAUGACCAAGCUUCUAUUACCACUUCUUGAAAGCAGUCCUGUAUCUUCCAAAAUUGUUAAUGUAACAUCAUUUACUCACCGAGCUGUUACUAAUAUGCAGGUUGAUGAGGGAACUGUAUCUGGGAAGAGAUUUUUAAAAUCAAAACAAUAUCCAUAUGCUCAGAUCUAUGAGUAUUCAAAAUUAUGUCUACUUCUCUUCUCAUAUGAGCUCCACCGACAGCUGUGCCAGAUGGGUAAAUCUCAUCAGAUAUUUGUCAAUGUUGCAGAUCCUGGAGUUGUACAAACAAACAUCAUGCGAGAAGUUCCAGCAUGCCUGUCUUGGGUGGCAUUCUUUGUACUGAAGCGUCUACGCCUAUUGGAAUCCUUUGAGAGCGGGAAUGAUUCCAUUAUUGAUGCCGCUCUUACUCCGCCUGGAACAUCCGGAGUUUACUUUUUUGGGGGGAAAGGCAGAACUAUAAAUUCUUCAGCACUUUCACAAGACACCAAAUUAGCACAUGAGCUUUGGGAAACUACAUCCGAUUUGCUAUCAGUGACCACCUUUGGUAAUAAGAGAAACAAUUUUUAGCAUUGGAUUGUAUGUCAUGUCGUGUAAUGACAAAGAAUAGUGGCACUUACACUCUUGAAAUAUGGGUACUUGUAAAAUGAUGAAGUACAUGUACCAAGUACUUAUCCGGUAUUGGUACACGAAUGGUGCUCGUUAUACUCAAUUUUUGUUAAUUGUUCUAUUGUGAGUGAAAUCUGUGGUUUUAUUUUAUUUAUUAA